GAACAGGUGAUUUUCAGUGCAGCCACCGGUUCCUGCCCCCCCGUCUUCGCGCACGCCGUCAUCACGACACCAAAGCUUAUCUGGAUCGUGGCUCCUCUCGCAGUACUGCACACACAAUCCCCCUCGCAUUCUUGCUGCUGCCAUGGCAUACGCGGCGAAGGGCCUCGGGGCCCUUCUCGUCGGAGCUGCGGUGGCUCAGGGGGUGGACGUUCAGUUUCGGCCUGAGUUCCGAGAAGGCGCAGGGUCUUCAGUCGGAGUCGAGCUCGCAGGUGAGGCAGAGCUCGCUGCUGGAGUCGAGCUCGCAGGCGGGGCAGACUUCACUGCCACGCACCAGACCGUCGUUGCGACCUUCGACGGGGAUGAGAUGAGCGGCGCUCCCGAGUGGUGCAAGACCACCUAUGACCUGACCUGGAAGCAGAGGAAAGAGCGGAUGCUGCAGCACGCCACCCUCGAGUGGCGCCAGGGCCAGGUGAAGAAACUGCGCGAGGAGAACGAGAGCAUCCCCGACUGGAUGGAGAAAGUCGUCGGGGACGACGAGAAGAGUGGCAAGAUGAAGUGGGCGGCGGCCGAGGCGAAGAGGAUGGUCGCCGAGGGCAGGGAGCUGCCCGGCUGGAUGCAGGACCUCGUCAAGGAGAACGAAAGGUGGUCCAACCGCUGGGCGGCCUGCAAGGCCGCGGAGCUCCAGGGCACGGGGGAGGAGGUGCCUGCGUGGAUGGCCGAGAACGGCCGGAGAGGCAUCAUGGAGUACUCCUCCGAGAAGGAGGCGAACCUCGAGGAGGAGAUGGAGGAGCUGAACGAGGAUCUGGAGGCAGAGCGAUCCAUCGUCCAAGCCGGCGGAGACAUCGCGAAGGCCACUGAGAAGAGGUUGGCCGCCCUCGACAGGGCCUACCGGGUCAGCCCGCGCCAGCAACUGCGGGAUCUAGAGGCACUGCUGGCGGACGUGGACCAGUCUGAGCAGGCCUUGAACAAGGACGGCGGCUCGGCGGCGACGCCGAAGGGCGCCCUCGCGCAGGCUAGGCGCGCCACCGACAUGAUGGAGGAGAUCCUGGAAGCAAAUCAGCAUGUUACCAGGAUGAUGAAGCGCACGAGGCACAGGGAGCAACCGUCGAACAGCGGCGCGACUGUGCUGGUGACGGCGAACUGAGAGGCCAGCUGUGCCCCCCAAGCAUGAGUCUCGCAACCGCCCCUGCGACCACCCAGCUUCGCCAGAAGCACAACCGAAGUAAUCAUUGUCGUCUUCACGGAAGAUCCUUUUAGUCUCGAUAGCGAUUGUGUGCCUCGCAGUGAGGCGCAGUCAUAUUUGGGCGGCCGGCCGCUUGAGCCGACGCGGCCGCGGGCGCACGCUCGCUUCCACUCCUUACGUCCCUCAGCUCGCUUUAGAGUUGUAUCAGAUCUUGAUUCGUCCUGGCGUGGGGGCUCGGGGUCACCGUGCGGUUUUGGGACUCGGGCUGGAGCGGCGGAAGCGGGCGGCGCCAG